GCCAGACCCGCCCCGCCCCGCCCCGCCGUCUCCGCGAACCCAGCCGCGCCUGCCGCCGCCACCAGGUCCAGCGUCCCGCUUUGCUGCCGGGGAGCGAGCCGCUCGUCCCGCGCCCGGAGUCCCAGAUGGCUUCAGUGACUGAUGGUAAAGCCGGAGUCAAGGAUGCCUCUGACCAGAAUUUUGACUACAUGUUCAAACUGCUCAUCAUCGGCAACAGCAGUGUUGGCAAGACCUCCUUUCUCUUCCGCUAUGCUGAUGACACCUUCACUCCAGCCUUUGUCAGCACUGUGGGCAUCGAUUUCAAGGUGAAGACAGUCUACCGCCAUGAGAAGCGAGUGAAGCUGCAGAUCUGGGACACAGCUGGGCAGGAGCGGUACCGGACCAUCACCACAGCCUAUUACCGUGGGGCCAUGGGCUUUAUUCUGAUGUAUGACAUCACCAACGAGGAGUCCUUCAAUGCUGUCCAAGACUGGGCUACUCAGAUCAAGACCUACUCCUGGGACAAUGCACAGGUUAUCCUGGUGGGGAACAAGUGUGACAUGGAGGAAGAAAGGGUUGUUCCCACUGAGAAGGGCCGGCUCCUCGCAGAGCAGCUUGGGUUUGACUUCUUUGAAGCCAGCGCCAAGGAGAACAUCAGCGUGAGGCAGGCCUUCGAGCGCCUGGUGGAUGCCAUUUGUGACAAGAUGUCUGAUUCGCUGGACACGGACCCCUCCAUUCUGGGCUCCUCCAAGAACACCCGUCUCUCUGACACCCCGCCACUGCUGCAACAGAACUGCUCGUGCUAGGCAAGGCCCACCCUCCUGAUCGCCCCUCGUUGUGGCCCCCGCCCCCUCUGCUCCCCCAUUACACCCUGUCCACUCCCAGCCCCAAGCAAGCUGGGUUGCUGCUGUUCUUUGCGUGCAGCCUGGGUGGAAGCAUGUCCCUGGGAUUCUCUGCAGAUGGCCCCACUUCCAGACACUCAGCACUAGACUAACAGCCAGGUCACAAGUGGGUGGAGAUUCACUUUACAAAAGAAGGCUCCAUUUUACGAAGGGGAUUUACUACAGGGACUUGGAAAGUGAAUUCCUCUUCUGCCUUUACAAUAAGGUUUCCUCAUGUACCAAAAUUUGACACACACGCUUUUCACAGAUUGCCAACUGUGUCAAGUGAGGCCCACCUGCACAGCUAACCCUAUUAAAGAAAACCUCCUGAUAUACAACAUGCUAGUUUCCUAUCAGGCUCCCUGUGGGGCUUUCUCUCACUGCAAGUCAAGCUUUGGCUCUCAAAGCCCUAUGCCUGUUACCACGGAUGCCCGCAGGGCCUGGGCAGUUGCUGUGGUGACAGGCCAGAGCUAAUCUCCAGGGAGCUCAGCCUCUCUAAUGAUGCUGAAGGAGCAAAGACUGAGUCAGAAACACUCUUAAAAGAAAAAGCUUAUCCCUUGCCAAAUGUCAAAGGUUCCUGCCAAAUGAAAGAGCAAGCGAGUGAGCUCAAGAAAGACAAAAAGAGAAACACAGGCAAGAUAAAGAAACGGGUCAUGAAUUUCUGAUUUUCCUGCUUUUCAGCUGGUUCUUAACUGUGGGAACUCCAUAAAAUUGGUCUUUGGUUCUUAGACUCCUAGAAUCUGAAAAAUUUAGAAGUGAUGGGAUCCCAAAAUUUCCCUAGUCCAACUAAUCAAUUCCAAUCUUCAUAUCUCUGACAAGUGGCUGUCAGGCCUCACAACCAAAUCCCUCUUCUAAAGCAUACCUUCUAGGCAGGGAUGGGAGCUCAGCAUCCGCACCAUCUUUGGGCAGCUCUCAUAAUCAGAAAGUUUUCCUUGCUUUAAGUUGAAACCUGCCUCCUGGAAAUUCUUCUUCCUCUUUCCACUCCAUUUGUACCAGCUGUGUUGUCAGAAACCCCACAAUUUCUGCUCCUUCUGCCCUGUGACACCCUUAGAUGAUUUAAGAACAAAAUCAUGACCGUGGGUAUCUGCCCUUUCUCUAAGUCAAAUAGUUCUAGUUCCUCAUAGGAAUUCUUUGUAGGGCCUCCUCCCCUCUUGCCCUUUCCUCCAGCCCAUCUUUCACUCACUGCUUAGUAGUCCAACUGGGAAACAUGAUUUGAAGCAGAAUAAAUCUAAGGGGGCACGACCCUGAAAAAAUUGGGAAAACUGAACUCAGAGGUCCCAUCCUAACCUCACUCUCCUGGGAGUGAAACCUUAGUUUCUAGCAAAGAGCAGCUGUGAAACUACUCCUGGUGGAAGCCACUUAAUUAAAUACCUGAAGAAAAAACAGAAACAAAAACCAAAAACCAUCUGAAGCCAGAAACAAACUAAAUGGAUUAGCUCAUAAUUCUAGCUUGUUUGGACACA